CAUGAUCUGAGUAUUGAUCUCCUGGAAGUGGUGCAACUCUCUCUCGGACUUUUGGUUUUCUUAAUUCUAAUUCUAGCAGAGGAGGGUGACUAUGACUAGUCUGUUUCCUUUUGUAUGUUUCCUUCACCACGACCACAACCAAAUAAACGGCCACGUUGGUAGUUAGAAAAAAAGAACUAGAGCCUCUGAGUUGAGUAGAAGGUUCGGUUGUGGAAAAGCAAAGGCGUUUUUUUUGCGACCGCCUGAAACGGAAAAGCCAUCGAAUCGAUCCACCAGGCGAGGGCCGAGAGAGAGAAAGAGAUGAGAGAUGCUAUUGUAUGUCUACUCGCAACAGCUCCUUUUCUCUUACAAUUAACGACUGCCACCGUCGUACUCAACUCCAUCUCCGCCUCUUUUCCUCAUCUCCCCGCCAAAUUCGACGGCUCCGUCCCCAGAAACGGAAUAUGCGGAGCUCUCUUCGUCCCCGAUCCUCCCGACGGUUGCUCCUCUCCUCUCCUCCUCGCAUCAAACCAGACUCAACAUAGAACCAAGUUCGCUCUCAUCAUCCGUGGCGAAUGCUCAUUCGAGGAAAAGCUUCUCCACGCCCAGACCUCCGGUUUCCAAGCUGUGAUCGUCUACGACAACUUAGACAACGAAGAUCUCCUCAUUAUGAAGGUGAACACUAGUGAAGAGAUAACAGUUACUGCAGUCUUCGUUUCGAACGUUGCGGGUGAGAUCCUGAGAAAGCACGCGAGAGGGAGAGAGGGCGAAUGCUGCAUUUACCCCCCAACCAAGGGCAGUGCUUGGACCGUCCUCGCCAUCUCUUUCUUCUCUCUCCUUCUCAUCGUUACUUUCCUCUUGCUCGCCUUCUUUGCUCCUAGACACUGGACCCAAUGGCGUUAUCGUGGUACUAGUAGCCACAACAACCGCACCUUGUCACUGGAUCCUAACCUCGUCCGCGCCCUCCCCACCUUCACCUUCUCUGAUUCUUUUCGCGAAGGAGGAGAUACGUGUGCUGUGUGCCUCGAGGAUUAUAGGUUUGGAGAGUCACUCAGACUACUUCCCUGCCAACAUGCUUUUCACUUGAGCUGUAUUGAUUCUUGGUUGACAAAAUGGGGUACAUCCUGCCCCGUGUGCAAGCAUGAUAUAAGAGCACAGACUAUGUCUUCCCAGGCACAUAAAGGAGAUAGUCCAAGAACAGGUACAAGUACGGGAAGAUUCACCUUUGCUCAAUCCAGUCAAAGCCUUUAAGAUUGGCUGCAAGAUAUCAGUGCUCGGUUUCUGUGGAUCAGGGCCAUGUUUGCAUCGGUCUGAUGUUCCCGUGAUAUUGAAUGGGGAGAUCAUGUUGGGAUAAGCCGAUUUGCCAUAUUGGUCGAUACUAUUUAAAAAAAAAAAAAGAUCAUGAGUUCUUUUGUUACUUGCCUGAUUGUUGUUCUUUACAUGUGUACAUUAUUUGUAUAUGUAUACAUAAAGCUGGGAGUCAUCCUAGCUUUUUUUUUUCACAUAUAAAUGAUCAUUGUGUGUGUAUGUGAGUGUUGUUUCGUAAUCUUUUUAUUUGCGAAUAUGAUAUAUCAGUUCAUGUU